AUGGGGCAGUUUCAUGGGGGCCGCGUCCCCGUUCUUCGCUCGUUCGGCAGCGCCGCCGCUUCCGUUCCGUCGCCUGCCGACUCCGAAGUCUUUUCGCCUUCGGUUUCCGUUACACCCGCGUCUGCAGCGCAGCAGACCCGCAGUCGCCUCCCGACCAACUCUUCUCCGCGAAGCUCCGCGCGUUUUCUCCUCGUUUUCUCUCUCGCUCUGCUGGCCUUCUUCGUCCCUGGCUCGCGGCGCGAUUCUGAGCGCGAUGCCCUGCGGAGAGGCGCGAGGCGCGAGGCGCCCCCGAUGGCGUCUCCGUUCCUUCGCGCCCAAGCCGCUGUCCUGCCGGUCCCCUCGGCCUCGCCUCUACGCCCGAGCCCCACAGGCCCAGUCGCGGUUGCGUGCGGCAAGGUCUUCAAGAGGCUUCUCGUGCUCCACGAUGACCCUCAGGCAAAACAGAAGUUUUCUCGUCUCUUCCAGCGCUUGCGAGAGAACUUCGAGGUCUCGCUGCUCUCGUUCCCUCUGCGCGGCGACCAGAAGGCCUCGCUCCUCUUUGCGCAGCACGGGGAGCCUCUGUACACUCACGUCCUUCUUCUCGCAACUGCCCAGCGCCGUCUGAGUCAGGAGCUGGCGGCGGCGCUUCGAGUCUUCUUCACCUCCGUGGAGCACGACCUCGAGGCCGCGGAAGCAGCCAGCUCGCGGGCCGCGGCCUCGCCGUCGGCGGCGUCUGGGCUCGCCGCGAGCGAGACUUGCCCUCCUGCGCUGCGAGCGCGGAAUCUCUUUUUGGCUGUCGGGCCCUCGGCGCACGCCUCCGCGCGCAGCUUCGCGGCGUCGCUCUUCGCCGGAGAGCCUCAGGCGCCAGAGGCGGAGGGACCCGCGCGGGGUGGCAGCGUCGUCGCGGACUACUUCGAGGCCGUGCGCCGGCCGCAGUCCGCGGCGGCGGACGCGCAGGGCGAGCCCGAAGACGACGAAGAAGCCGAAGUCGAUGGAGAGCUCUUCGUGACCCGCGAGCUUCUCGACGGCCAUCCCCACGUCGUCGAGCCGCUGGAGGCAGACGAGUUUCUCCUGUACCGUGGCGGCGCACACUACCUGCCUGCGGCCGCACCGUCGCCUGCGCGCGGGUUGCCCGCUGAGGCCAAAGAGCGCAUUUUUGAUCAGUUUUUCGCCGUUCUGCGCGCGCCCGCGACCGCGUUCGUCGCCCCUGGAGCCUCGAAGGUGUCGCGAGAGGGCGAGGAGACGCGCGGCGAGGAGACACCACAUGGCGAGGACCUCGCCCUGGCCUCGGCGCGCCAGUCCCCGACGGGCGGGCGCGCUGUCCUCCUGAGCAGCGGGGAGUUCUGCGCGGACGAACUCCUGCGCGUCGCCGACCAAGAGGAAAAAAGGGGAGCACAGAGGAGAUUCGCCAAUCUCCGCGUCUGCGAGGAUCUUCUGCUGUGGACCUUCAACCGGCGAGGCGUUCUCCGCUGGUCGAACCUCAAGCACUUCAAGCCUGGAGAAACAGUCUCGCCCCAUAUGUACCGCAUGAAGGACGAGAUCGCGUUUGCUGUCGAUAUCCAUCAACUAGUCGACGACUUCUGGCAGCCCUUCUACGCUACCGAUGUGCAAGUUGAAUUCGUCAUGCUCCAGCCUUUCCUUCGUUCGUUCCUCGAGCCCCCUGCAUCUCCCCAGUCCCCGACCUUCUCGCACAUUUUCCAAGCCCCGGACCGUUAUGGCGUGUUCAAGUUCGUGCUGCACUACAGGCGCCUGGGCUACACCGUCCUGCACGUCGAGUCGCUCGCGCCUCUACGGAACUUCAAAAGCAACGACUUCCCGCGGUUCCUGCCCUGUGCCCUGCCCUACUACGCGACUUCGCUCCUCACUCUCAUAGCUCUGGUUCUCUUCGUGGUCGUCUUUCUACUCCAUCGAGAGAAGGACUCGCCGUCUCGGAGCGCGCAGGCCGCGGAGAGUGGAGACAAGAAGAACGCGUAG